AGGAAAUCUGAAUGAGAAGAGACAUUUUGUUAAGGUGUGUUGUGUUGUCUGAGGGGCAGUGAAAAUGGCGCCAGUAUCAGCUCUUGCAAAGUACAAACUGGUGUUUUUAGGUGAUCAGUCUGUGGGAAAAACCAGUAUCAUCACACGUUUCAUGUAUGACAAAUUUGACAACACUUAUCAGGCCACGAUUGGUAUUGAUUUUUUAUCAAAAACUAUGUAUCUUGAAGACCGAACUGUUCGGCUGCAGCUGUGGGAUACAGCUGGUCAAGAAAGAUUUAGAAGUCUUAUUCCAAGCUACAUUAGGGACUCAUCUGUUGCUGUCAUUGCUUAUGAUGUUGCAAGUCGUCAGACUUUCCUAAACACAUCAAAGUGGAUUGAAGAGGUGCGCAGUGAGAGAGGCAAUGAUGUUAUUAUUGUACUUGUGGGGAACAAAACUGAUCUUGUGGAUAAGAGGCAAGUCUCAACAGAGGAAGGGGAAGCUAAGUCUCGUGAACUAAAUGUGAUGUUUAUUGAAGCUAGUGCCAAAGCUGGCUUCAAUAUAAAGGCCCUCUUCAGAAAAAUUGCUGCAGCAUUGCCUGGAAUGGAAACACUAUCUUCCACAAAACAAGAUGACAUGGUUGAUGUGAACCUGAGAUCUUCUGCUGGUCAUGACUCUCAACCUGAUUCAGGAGGAUGUGCUUGCUGAAUGUGCCUUAUCUUGAAUUUCUGUAACUUUUUUCUCUGUUCUACUUCUUUUGAAAUGUAAAGGUUCAUUUGUGUUUUAGGCUUUUUACUCCAUUUUAUAACAGAAACUACAGAUGGC